AGGAAAAGCGCGGGAGUGACGUGGAAAUUGCAAUGACAGUGGUCUAAAUAUAUCCGGCGCGGCGUCGCGCGUAGAGCUGGCAGCGCGCCUCAGUCGAGAUCUGACCGCCGCGAGUCACACACGAACGAUACCGAAACAGCAACCAUGGUUUACGAAAGUGAUUUUUAUACCACCCGCCGCCCUUACAGGCCGACGUCCACCUACAGCAGCCUCACGUCGUUGCCCUUGAGUCCGUUGACAUCCAUCUACUACCUCUCGUCUUCGUUUCUACCCUACACGACAUAUCACGACCCUUACGUCGCGUACAUACCACGACUCUCACAGUCGUUGCCCUUGAGUCCGUUGAGAUCCAUCUACUACCGCUCGUCUUCGUUUCUACCCUACACGACAUUUCACGACCCUUACGUCGCGUACAUACCGCGACUCCCACAGUCGUUGCCCUUGAGUCCGUUGAGAUCCAUCUACUACCGCUCGUCUUCGUUUCUACCCUACACGACAUAUCACGACCCUUACGUCGCGUACAUACCGCGACUCCCACAGGCGGAGUUAAUAUAUCGUCCGACGGCUCGCAGCGUGACUCGACUCGUUACAUACCCCGAGGCGCCGCACCACGUGGUCCGCGUGCGCGUGCGUCCCUCGGUGGUGCUUCGCGAACUGGACCGCAUCAACUACCGCCACCGCCCGCACCUCGCCGUCACCGCGCUUGAUGAAUUCUACAAUGCAGAAACUACUAAGUAUUUCGAGGACGAAAAACGCCGCAUCCGUGCCGAUACGGAGUCGCUUUUGGCUCGCGCCCGGUCCGUGGUGCCGCGUGCUAAGUCUCUCGCACCCCUGGAGACAUUACACUCGUAUUCCUAUGGCGAGCCUGUUCCAUACCGUUACAGCAGUGACGCUUAUCUGGCUGGACUCCCACUGUCUGUACGCAGCGUCGUCCACCACAUCAAUAACAUCGCCUUCUACAAGUACCAGGAGCCCACGAAGAGGUUCACAGGACGCGGCCACCUCGCGUGUCUUCACUACACCGGAAAUAAAGCCUUCUCCAACCGCCGACCUCUCUACAAGGAGAUGAGCAUCAGGGACGACGUCAAUCUGCUGUCGUUCUAUGCGAAAAACAGGCUCGCCGCCGCAGGGCUGGCCGACAACGCGGUCACAGCGGGCGCGAAGGAACAGCCGACGGCGGCGCUGAGCGCGUAGCCCCCGCGCACCCCGCUCCCGUCCCCCGCGCGCGCGGUGCGGACGCGGCUCCGUCCGCGCCCGCGCCGCGCGAGCCCUUCGCGUACUCUGAUCUCGGUAUAACACGCUCCAACUAACCUAGAAGACCUAGAUCAUCUAUUUUUUUAUCCAUUUAUUCAGAUAAUUUUAUUUUAAACGAAUACUUAACGAACGAAUUAUAAUUAAAUCUAUUUUUCUAGUCAUAUUUCGUGAAGGAACGACUCUUCGUUUUUGAGAGGCUCCUGUCACUUAACAGAACUGAUUUUAAGUAAUAAUAAAUGAUUAUAACCGA